GCCCAAUCGGUGGCUCUUCACGGAGGAGAGGCUGAGGGACACGCCCUCCAAGAGGGACGACAUCGGACACCAGCAGGAGAUUCAUAUGCGACAGAAGGGAACCGCUUUCAUCAAAGAAAUGGCCGAAACGCUCAAACUAUUACCGAUUGUCUCAAACACUGGAAUCGUUUACUUUCAUCGCUUCUUCACAUUGCGUUCGUUCAAAGUGUUUGAUGUGAAUCAAAUCUCGAUAUGCAGUCUGUUUUUGGCCGCGAAGUUCGAGGAGCAGCCGAUCCGCAAAGAGGACCUGAUCCGGACGGCCCUCUUCUGUCGGCCGCCGCCCAACCCAUCGAAUCGGCCCAAAACAGAGCACUUGAAUCGUGAAUACCGUAAACAAUGCGAUCGAUUGAUAGCCAAUGAGAACGAAAUGUUGCUGACGUUCGGCUUCGAUCUGAUGGUCAUUCACUCGCAGUCUGUGAUCGUAAACGUAUCGAAAUCUGUGAUAAACGAAUCGGUGACGACUUGCGCCUAUAGGUUGGCCGGCGAUCUGCUCCGACUGACCACCAUUUGCCUUCAGUACAGCCACACAUUCAUCGCCUGUGUCUCGAUAUACAUGUCCAGUCAUUUCCUCAAAACACCGAUAACGACAAACGGUUCCCACAAUUGGUGUCAUUUAAUCGACUCAAACGUACGCUUAGAAGAGGUGCGAGAAGUGGCCGCGAAAUUCAAGCCAUGCGUUAAUGCACUGAAAUACACGAUCCAAUCGGUGACCGCCGCCGAGAAGAAGCGUAAGCGCGCCUACGAAGAGACCUACAGCCCGGAGAGCGCCUACUCAAGCGGUUCCAACACCUCUCCCGACGACUAUAGCAAUCCCACGACGACUGCGGCCACCGCUGCGACCACAACGACCAUCAAAGGUGUCUCAAUGGCGCCCAAAGUGGCCAACAGAGCGGUGGUCUCGUCGGCGGUGAGUGGAGGUCUGAAGUCGCGGCCAAAUCUAUGCGUUUCGAUAAAUACUGAUCGCAAGCGUAAA